GGUCCAUACGCCGCGCCCACGCAGCCCUCCUCCCCUUCCACUCCGCUACUGUGCCUCUGCUUCUCCGCCGCGCCCAAAGGUCAAAUAUUCCAACCGAUCAAACGCCAGCGAAGGAUCUCGAAGCCCGGAGGCCGGGAGCAGAGAAGAGCGCGCUCGAAUCCGCCUCCCCCCCCCCCCCUCGCUGCCUCGGGCCUCAGAUUAGCGGGUACACAAUAAUCUUUCAUGUCCUUAUCUGGGAUGGCUGUUGCGUUUAAAGCAAGUACGAGUUCUACUACACGGCAGCAAUGGUUGCAUUCAACAAGGGACCAAUGCCAGUAUGGUUUCACUCACUUAAGUGAGCGAAAGUGCAGAAAAAGAUCUGCGGUACUCCGUGUCAGAGCUAUUUCUGGGAAGUUAGACCUAGAUUUCAGUGAUCCUUCUUGGAAGCAAAAGUAUCAGGAAGGCUGGGAUAGGCGUUUUAGUUUGCCGCACAUUACAGAUAUAUAUGAUUUGAAGCCAAGGCUCACUACAUUCUCUCUUAAGAAAAACAGAACUCCCGUGGGUGCUGGUGAUGGUUCAUCAGCUUAUAUGUGGAAUGGCUAUGUAAAUAAGGAUGACCGAGCACUUCUGAAGGUGAUAAAGUAUGCCUCUCCUAAUUCUGCUGGAGCUGAGUGCAUCGAUCCUGAUUGUAGCUGGGUGGAACAUUGGGUGCAUCGUGCAGGCCCUCGUAAGGAGAUAUAUUAUGAACCUGAAGAAGUGAAGGCGGCCAUUGUUACCUGUGGUGGGUUAUGCCCCGGUUUAAAUGAUGUAAUUAGACAGAUAGUAUUUACCUUGGAGAUCUACGGGGUGAAGAAUAUUGUUGGAAUCCAGUUUGGUUACCGUGGAUUUUUUGAAAAAGGCUUAAAAGAAAUGCCGCUUUCACGUGGUGUGGUGGAAAACAUAAAUCUUUCUGGUGGAAGUUUCCUAGGUGUCUCUCGCGGAGGAGCUAAAACUAGUGAGAUUGUAGAUAGUAUACAGGCAAGAAGAAUUGAUAUGCUCUUUGUAAUUGGUGGAAAUGGUAGCCACGCAGGAGCUAAUGCUAUUCAUGAGGAGUGUCGUAAGAGAAAACUGAAAGUUUCAGUUGUAGCAGUUCCAAAGACAAUUGAUAAUGAUAUACUUUAUAUGGAUAAGACGUUUGGUUUUGAUACAGCUGUGGAGGAAGCUCAGCGUGCUAUUAAUUCUGCCUAUAUAGAGGCACGUAGUGCAUACCAUGGAAUUGGGUUGGUCAAAUUAAUGGGAAGAAGCAGUGGGUUCAUAGCCAUGCAAGCUUCUCUUUCCAGUGGACAGAUUGAUGUCUGCCUAAUACCCGAGAUAUCUUUCACACUUGACGGAGAACAUGGUGUCUUGCGACACCUUGAGCAUUUACUAAAUAGAAAAGGAUUUUGUGUGGUUUGUGUUGCUGAAGGUGCAGGACAGGAUUUACUGCAAAAAUCAAAUGCAACUGAUGCUUCGGGAAAUGUGAUACUUAGUGACUUUGGUGUCCACAUGCAACAGAAGAUUAAGAAGCAUUUCAAGGACAUCGGUGUUCCAGCUGAUUUGAAAUACAUUGAUCCAACAUAUAUGGUUCGGGCCUGUCGGGCAAAUGCAUCUGAUGCUAUUCUGUGCACUGUGCUAGGACAAAAUGCUGUCCAUGGAGCGUUUGCCGGGUUCAGUGGCAUCACAUCAGGUAUUUCGAACACACACUAUGCCUACCUUCCCAUUACAGAGGUGAUCACGACACCGAAGCGCGUGAACCCCAAUAGCAGGAUGUGGCACCGCUGUCUCACGUCCACUGGCCAGCCAGACUUUCACUGACUUGUUAACCCUAAAUGGUACCAAGAGAAUCGUCAGUAAUGUAAUUCUAAUAAGAAACUUGAAUAGACUUGUGACACCAAAUUUUGGGUAUGAAGUUGGACGACCUCACAGUACAUUUUCUGGAAUCAUUGGAUUCCCCUUGAUCAUUCAAAUCUAAAGCAUGCUUGUUCUCGGAAGGGAAAAUUCAAAAUAUGCGAUAUUUAUCUUGCUUUUCUGAAAUGUCAGUGCAAAUAUUUUGAUCAUAAAUGCCACCGCAAAAAUAUUCACCACAGAGAACUACGGGCUCAACCAGAAUACCGGAUGCUCUGCUGGCUCUGCCUUGAGAAGUCGAUCUAUUUGACGGCUACUCACGCUGUGAUAAAUUCUGCUUCGUGCUAGCAGUGAACUGCAACAACAGUGCUAUAACCAGACGUUUUUCCCAGCAUUAUUCAGGUGGUACCUAUAUUUAUGUUUGAAUAAAUUUCACAGAAGUACACUA